AUGCCUCGAGGCAAGAAAAGGAAGCGCGACACAAAGGACGCGUCAGGCAAUCAGAAUCUUGCCUCGUCCAAGCAUCAAACCCCCGUGAAGAAAGAUUUACUGCUGCAGCACUAUCCCGUCGUAAGCACACUAAGGGAGCAUGUGCUGUCCAGCCUUCCCGAUACCUCAAAGAUUAGGCGGAAGAAGAUUGCAGCCUUGGGAUCCGGCGUAGAUGCCAGUGCCAUAGAGAAACAGCUUGCUCAUGUCCUUGACUCAACCUUGGUUGGCACCAGUGCUUCGACUAGUUCAAAAUCCGACUCAGAGGAAGCUACAUGGCAGCAGUGGUUGACCUUCUCCCAGAGAGGAGAUGAAUCAUAUGUGACUAUAUCUAACGGAAUAGCUGCAUCAAUUGCCAAACAAUCCGAGAUUAUUGAUUUUGUCAUCUGGCGGCUGUUUACAAGAGAGAGGGGGCCUUGGCCCAAGCACAUCCUAUGCGAUGGCUUCCGUAGAAAUGCCAGAGAGGAUCAAUCCGUUAGAUCAACUAUCCCCGGAACAGGAAUAUUCAGCCUCUAUCCCAACUUCCAUGUCAUGGCCCUUAGAGAGGCUCCAUGGCCCCAGCUCUUGGCCCUUCUAGGUCAGGCCGGUGAAAGAGUAAUGAUCAACCUGUUGUCAGAGUGCUCUGUAUUUCUCAAAGUUGAUGCAGGCCUCGACAACUACCUUCAACUUACUGGUAUCCCCCUAUCCGAGCUGGAUGCCACAUCGCUGGACCAUAACUCGAAGCCUCAGAUACGCAAACCCUCAGACAUUACCAUUGUUCGCAGUAGAAUCUUCUAUGCAAAGCCGGCUACAACUGCAAAAGGCCUGGUGCAAGCAGGUUUCAAGCAUAUCCAUGCGUUAAAUCGCCAUCCCUAUUCUAGCAAGGCCUCUGGCGCUGAUGCGGAUAGCCAGAAGUCGAUAGAGAUUCGACAGCAGAACGAGGCGCAUACCGUCAAACUCAUGAUGUACAUUUUCCCCCGCCAGUUCGGCUUACACAACGUCUUCACUUCUGCCAUUGAUGCGAAUCAAACGGCUCAAAAGUUUCACGAUUACACCCUUCGUGAAGAUGAAAUCACCAAGAAAAUGAGAGCCAGUAAAGGGUUUCCCGAGAAGUCGUUACCAAAGUUGCCCAAACGACUAAGGGGCUCUACCAGAGACCUCGUGCAGCGUUUACAGGUUCUUCAUGCCCGGUGUUCUUACUUUGAGCUCCUCAGACACUACUGUCCAACAUUUCUCGAUGGAUCUCGUGGGAAGAAAAAGCAGACUGAAACUUCAGACUCAUCAGCCAUCCCAGUUGCACUUCCAGAUCGAGCGACCCAGGCCACUGAAUCUCAAGCCAAACGGCGCGCACGCCGCUAUCCCGCGGAUACUUCAGUGCUCCCCGAGUAUAAAUCCGUCGUGGAACUAGCAUGUCCCAUCGCCUGCGUAUCGGCGUUCUGCCAAGCUGCACUUUCAAAGAUUAUUCCAGACAACUUCUGGGGUAAUGAGAAGAACUGCCAUAACAAAAUUGUAUUUCUCCGCAAAGUGGACCAUUUUAUCAAGCUUCGGCGGUUUGAAAUGAUUUCACUACAUGAGAUUGCACAAGAGUUCAAGGUUGGUAGAGUCCUGAAGAAAGACACAAUUUGUGAUUUUUGCUCAUGA